AUGAAGCUCACGUACAAUGUCCUCGCAUUGGCUCUCGCCGCCCUUGGUUUGGCUGCCCCAAUCGAGUCAGGGAACGCCUUGGGCAAACCGAUCCCAGUCAUCGAAGCGGAGAACUACGUGAACAGCAACGAGAAGCGUGCACCAAUCCAAGGGACAGGACCUGACUACAUCUCCUACCCAACCGAGGCUGAGAAGGACGAGGUCGCGACGAAGAACAAGGAGAAGCGUGCACCGAUCCAGGGAACGGGACCUGAUUGUAAGCGCGCCCUGGAAGCAGGCUGUCUUGAGAUCCUACUGACUUUGACAGACGUCUUCUAUCCGACCGAGGCUGAGAAGGACGAGGUCGCCAAGUAG